AUGAAUUUUCGUUUGAAUGCUGAAAAAAUUGAUAAUUAUGCAAAUUUUGCUUUGGAACAAGUUUGCUUCAAUGAUCAUCUUUUUGAUAAGUUCUUUUCCAUCAUCAAAAUAGGAUCAGCUAAUGAUGAAGGCACAAUAAGAUCAAAAAGCUCAUCUAAUUGGUUAUUCAAUAGUAACUUUUCAAAAUCACAUCGAAAAUCAAGCCCACUGAACCUGAAUCCUAUCAAUCAUUCAAGAGUGGCAAGUGGUAAUACAGCAGGCACACCUGAAAAUAUCAUACCGCUAGAAAUUCAAAAACCAAGAGCAAUCAAAAAACUUCCAGAAGAACCACCACAAAACCUAGAGCUGAAGAAGUCUAACAAAAAAAGUAGUGAUAACCUGAGAGCAAAGACAUCCUCAUCUUCAUUGAAUGGUAAUUACAUGAAGUCUCAAUCCACAGGUGCAACUUCAAGAAAAUCAUCAAAAGUUGUCAAUGGUGCUAGUAGGAAUGUUUCAACUGAUGAUAAUGACACAGGAAACACAUGGAAUGAAAAUUUAGAACAACCACCAUCGAAUUUCAAUGACAGUGGAACAAAUCUAUUAGUCCAUGGAUAUAAUAACGACCCAUUUGUCAAUAACUCUGAUACUGUCUUUACGACACCUCCACAGUUAAAACUAGAGAAAUCUAAUGAUUUAAGGAAAGGUUUAAAGAGUUUUUUCACAUGA